GCGAAAAAGAGGCUCAACAGACACCACCACCACACUCCAUGGCUUCUCUCCACCUCUGGCGUCUUCUCUCCCUCUACAUCUCCUCCAUUGCCGCCGUCCUUCGCCGUGCCUCCCCCGCUCUUUCCCGCCUCAUCCGCUGUUCAAUCAUCGUCACCCUCAUCGAAUCCUGCCUCUCUCUAUACUUCAUAUUCCUCGGCCUCUCCCCCACCACCGUGGAACUCGAUGACCACACCACCGUCCACUUCUGGACCUCCGCCCACCGCCGCUUCAGCCGCCCCAACCUCGUCCUCGUCCACGGCUUCGGCGGCAACUCGCGGUGGCAGUUCCUCCAGCUGGUGGGUCCUCUCUCCAGGUCCUUCAACCUAUACGUCCCCGACCUGCUCUUCUUCGGGAAAUCACACACUUUCCGCCGGAACCGGAGCGAGGGGUUUCAGGCGAGGUGCGUGGUGGAGGGGCUGAGGGGAUUGGGUGUGGGGAGGUGCAGGGUGUUCGGGAUCAGCUAUGGUGGAUACGUGGCGUAUCGGAUGGCGGAGAUGUGGCCGGAGGUAGUGGAGAGGGUGGCGAUUGCAAGCUGUGGAAUUGGGUAUACGGAGGAGCAGAAGAGGGAACACUUAGGAAAGCUCGGGAGGAGUGUGACGGAGAUUUUCUUGCCGGAGAGUCCAAAGAAUCUCCGGCGACUGCUGAAUCUCUCCAUAUACAAGUUCGAUCCUCUCAAAUGGGCCCCUGACUUUUUUCUUCAACAUUUAAUAGAUGCAAUGUUGAAGGAUUACAGAAAGGAGAAGUUAGAGUUGCUUGAGCACUUGCUGGCCCAGAAAGCUGAUCCAGACAUUCCCAUUCCCCCUCAGGAAACAAUGCUCAUUUGGGGUGAUAAGGACGAUGUAUUUCCACCCUUGCUGGCUUUCCAACUGCAAAGGCACUUUGGUCCAAAGACAAAGCUGGAAAUAAUCAAGGACACAGGCCAUGCUUUAAACAUCGACUCGCCUGCUCGGCUAUAUGAAUUGAUCGAGUCCUUUUCUUUGGGUUGUUCCAAUUCCAAGGAUGAUGAUAUAUGAAAACAAAUUUGUUGAAGUUAUGUCACAAAACUCUUUCGUUGUUCCUAAUGAAAAGGAUAUGACAUCGUUGUUGUUGUUUUA